AGGCACCUGAGGGGCCAGGAAGCACUCCGCCCUCCCAGCCUCUAGCGCGCCAAGAAAGCUCAAACAGCGGAGGAGCAAAGCAAAAACAAAAACAAACAACGAAAAACGCUUAAAUUCCAAGGAGAAAAACGGAGGUGGUCUCCAAAUCUGUGUGUCAUGCAGGGCUUGGCUGGGUAGCCCACUCAACUGCUGAUCCCGGCCUGGUAACAGCAAUGAGGCUGACGCCCCCGGCCCCGCUAGAGAGUACAGCCCACAGCUCCCCCUUGCCAGGCGCCCAAGGACCCUCAAGGCGCGGGGCUCACACUUGAAGCCUUGGGAACGCUCAGACAGGAAACCCACUUCCUCCUAAGCAGUUUCUUGCUAGCCGGAUGAGAGGCGCCCAAUUGAAGCAGAAUGAUCCUCAUCUACUAAUAUCCAGCGUGGCCACAAAGCGACCGGCCAUUUACGCCGCCACUUUAGACAAAGAUAUUUGGUUAUUCCCGGGGAAGCAAGUGCACUUUUGCAUGGCUGAGCUCCGGGAGGAGGCAAGCCUCACCCCAGCCUCCCGCCCGCUGGGCUGCCGGCGUCGAGAUAUUCGCCUCCUCCCGGACAGCGAGUUCCACUGGGGUUCAGACUCAAUUCCACUCUGCAACGGACCCGCGGGCGCUCCCUCGGCUCCCCGCCUGGACUCUCCCUGAAGCUGCGGGGAUCUGGGCUGGGGUGCUGCUGGGACUGUGAUGUCCUCGGAAACUCAGCACCAGCUUCAGAAGCCGGAGUAUCCAGGCCAUGGGCAAGGGUCAGGGGCAUCAGCCGACGCCGAAUCAUGUCGAUGAGUCCAAAGCACACGACUCCGUUCUCAGUGUCUGACAUCUUGAGUCCCCUGGAGGAAAGCUACAAGAAUGUGGGCAUGGAGGGCGGCGGCCUCGGGGCUCCGCUAGCAGCGUACAGACAGGGCCAAGCGGCCCCGCCGGCCACCGCCAUGCAGCAGCACGCCGUGGGGCACCACGGCGCCGUCACUGCCGCCUACCACAUGACGGCGGCGGGGGUGCCCCAGCUCUCGCACUCCGCUGUGGGGGGCUACUGCAACGGCAACCUGGGCAACAUGAGCGAACUGCCACCUUACCAGGACACCAUGGGGAACAGCGCUUCGGGCCCCGGAUGGUACGGCGCCAACCCAGACCCGCGCUUCCCCGCCAUCUCCCGCUUCAUGGGCCCGGCGAGCGGCAUGAAUAUGAGCGGCAUGGGCGGCCUGGGCUCGCUGGGGGACGUGAGCAAGAACAUGGCCCCGCUACCUAGUGCUCCCCGCCGGAAGCGCCGGGUGCUGUUCUCCCAAGCGCAGGUGUACGAGCUCGAGCGACGCUUCAAGCAACAGAAGUACCUGUCGGCGCCGGAGCGCGAGCACCUGGCCAGCAUGAUCCAUCUGACACCCACGCAGGUCAAGAUCUGGUUCCAGAAUCAUCGCUACAAGAUGAAGCGCCAGGCCAAGGACAAGGCGGCGCAGCAGCAACUGCAGCAGGACAGCGGCGGCGGCGGCGGUGGCGGCGGGGGUGCGGGAUGCCCGCAGCAGCAGCAGGCUCAGCAGCAGUCGCCGCGCCGGGUGGCAGUGCCAGUCCUGGUGAAAGACGGCAAACCUUGCCAGGCGGGAGCCCCUGCACCAGGCACCGCCAGCCUGCAAGGCCACGCGCAGCAGCAAGCUCAGCAGCAAGCGCAGGCGGCUCAGGCGGCUGCCGCGGCCAUCUCAGUGGGCAGCGGUGGUGCAGGUCUAGGCGCACACCCAGGCCACCAGCCAGGCAGCGCAGGCCAGUCCCCGGACCUGGCGCAUCACGCAGCCAGCCCGGCAGCGCUGCAGGGUCAGGUCUCCAGCUUAUCCCAUCUGAACUCCUCGGGCUCGGACUAUGGCUCCAUGUCCUGCUCUACUUUGCUUUAUGGUCGGACCUGGUGAGACGUGGGACCCGACUGAGCCCCGCGCGACCUCACAGCUUCCCCUCUGCCCUCCGCAAAGACCACCAUUCGCUGCCCCACGCGCUUCUACUUUUCUUAAGAACUUGUUUGUGUUUAGACCAAGGAAAAGUACACAAAGACCAAACUGCUGGACGCCUUCAUCUUCUUCCUCCUUUUCCUCCUGCUCCUCUUCCU